GAAAAAAGUAGUACACACAGCUCAACUCAAUCAUGGCUUCCUCUAGCUCUGCUCUGCCUCUGCGAACCAUUUCUUCCUCCCCCUCCAUGAAACUAGCCAACCCAAAAUCACAAACUCACUCCCCAUCAUACUCACUCCUGCCGUUCAAGGUUCGAAACCCACCACCACCAUCUUCUCUGAAGCUGAACUACUCGAGCUUUUCACUGUCCCAAAGAUCAUUCACUUGCAAAAGCCAGAGCAGCCCAUCAUCGGAGUCUGGAAGAUCAACCAAAGUUCAGGAACUUAAUGUUUAUGAGAUCAAUGAGAGGGAUCGUGGAAGCCCUGCUAUUCUGAAAUUGAGUCAAAAACCUGUCAACUCCCUAGGCGAUCUCGUCCCCUUCAGUAACAAAUUGUACAGUGGGGACCUGCAAAAGAGAAUUGGAAUAACUGCUGGAAUAUGCAUUCUGAUUGAAAACAAACCAGAAAAGAAAGGGGAUCGCUAUGAGGCCAUCUACAGCUUCUACUUCGGGGACUACGGUCACAUUGCAGUUCAGGGAUCCUAUCUAACCUAUGAGGACACUUAUCUUGCUGUGACCGGAGGGUCUGGAAUCUUCGAGGGUGCUUAUGGUCAGGUGAAGCUUCAGCAGCUUGUUUUCCCCUUCAAGCUUUUCUACACAUUUUACCUUAAGGGCAUUAAGGAGGACCUUCCCAAUGAGCUUCUUGGAAAGCCGGUGGAGCCCCACCCAGGUGUUGAGCCUAGCUCAGCUGCCAAGGCCUGUGAGCCUCAUGCCACCAUUGCCAAUUACACCAACUGAGAUUGUGAUGAAUUUUCAGACCAAGAAUAAAGAUGGUGAUGAGAAUUAAUAAUGAGGUGAUGAUGGUUGGUAUCUUUAAGAUUACCGUAAUUUGUCUUUUUUUCAGUGUUGCUUUCAGGGUUUUCUUUGGGCAUCUCUUUUGUUUCUCUAGUGGGUUUUGACUUUUGGGUAGUGACUAUUCCUGUAGGAGGAUGAGCAUGUGAAGCAUAUGGGCCAAAUGAUAAUAAUAUCACUGAUAUGCUUAACCAUAUUCCAUUGUCA